UUUGUAGACCAGGCUGACCUUGAACUCAGAGAUGCCUAAUUAACUUUUAAAACACCCGUCUGCCAUGCUUGUUUGCUUUUGAUCAAACUAGAGAUUACUGUCUGUUACAGUAAUAGCCUCCAGAAACUUAUAGAGGCUUCCCCUAUUGAUCCUGUAGGAGACAUGAUGCAUAUUCAGGAUGGUGUUGUCCCUUUUAUGCAGAACGAGGGAUCUUUUACAUCCUAAGUAAGGCUCCAUGGCACCGCAGAGGGGAGACAGGGUCACUAGUAAACUUUACUACAGCAUUUAUCGCAGCUGUCCAUCAAGCACAAUCAAAAUACAGAGGGUACCAUCGUACUCUCUCGACCCCUAGGUAUAGACACAGAAGUGGUCCAACAUUCCUCAGAGGUUCUCAUCUCCCUAACAUCCUCCUUGGACAACACCGAUCCUACCUCUCCGUCCUCAUGGUCACUCCAUCUCGUUUCAAGCCCUAACCUCUAUACAUCACUUACUAUAACAUUGCCUGGCCACUUUGAAGAAUGCUGGUAGAGAGUCCCUCCCGGGUCCUAGCCUCACCCAUUGGACUAUAAGGCUCUCUCUCACCUCGCUGCGCAUUAACUGCUCUGAGCUGGAGGGCUGUGGCACCUGCGCUUCAAGCAUUCUGUAACCCUGAGCAAAUCCAUAAUCUCUUUCGAAUCCGUUCUUCUCUGGCUGGUUUCUCCCCUUCUAUCCUCCUUCCUAGCGGAGUCCUCUGCAGCCCCUGGGCUUGGCUGACACAACUGAUCAGACCUGUCAGAUGGUCCUUCCUAGGACCCUGGGGUAGAGAAGAGCGGCCUUUCCUGGAGCUGAAGAAGGAAGCAUGACCACUCAAUUGGACUGAGGAAGGGACAGAGCCUCCGCCUCCAGGAGAUUCAGAAGGCCCAGGCCGGAUUCAGAGCCCUUGGUUCUCUUCUUGACUGUUUGGAAGAUUUCCUCCAAAAUUGUAUCUCACAGCCCCGCAUACAUGCCGUCAUGUGUUCCGGGACCUGCGAUCCCUGCCUACGAGCUGGACCCUCUGCGCUCUAGGCCAGGAUUUAGAAAACCAGAGAAGGCUCUGGCACGGUUCAGCCAGUCAAACCUUACAGGCAGUGCACAGUUGAGGACGGUGGGCAGGGCUCGGCGGUGGGUCUCCAGGCUGUGGGAGGGGCGUGGGUGGGUAGGACCCAGGCGACUUUCGGGGGUAAGGUAUCCGCCCUCUUCGGUAUCUACUUUGCUCCGCCCCAGAGACCAGGAGACCCGCUGGGCGUGCUCUCCUAGGCUCCACCUAUGUAGGCCCGCAGCUGCGCUCCGGGGAGUCGCCCAGUUCCUGUUUUCCGUCCUAUCGCUUGAUCAGCCCAAAGGGAAUGAUUCUGUAUUCCCAAGAACCAUCUCGUUGCGACCCUGGCGCCACCCGGGCCCUGCACCGCACUCCACCGCAGCCGCUGAGGAGGAGGAAGAGGUCCUGGAGCCAGCACUAGUGGGGCAAAGUUCAGGCGUUUCCGAGACCUCAAGAGAGGCAGGCUCAGCCUGACAGACCUGGGAGGAAAGUGCCUGAUUGGCCAAGGUCCUUGGGGGUCUCCGAAGGUGCCCAGCCUCUGAUCAGCACCCAGUGAUGACCCGCCGAAGACUGGGCCUGGGCCUGGCAUUCUGCCUGUUCGCUAGCAUCAGUCUCUGGGUCCUGUGUGGAUAUGUCAAGGACUGGCUGCUGGUCUCCUACGUGCCCUAUUACCUUCCCUGCCCAGAGUUCAACAUGAAGGUGCAGUUCAGGCGAGAGAAGUUGCCCCAGCCCAUGGCACAGUUACAGUACCCUCAGCCUAAGCUGUUAGAACGCAGGCCCACAGAGCUGCUGACGCUUACCCCCUGGUUGGCACCCAUCAUCUCCGAGGGAACCUUCGACCCGGAGUUUCUGAAGAAUAUGUACCAACCACUGAACCUGACCAUCGGAGUCACCGUGUUUGCCGUGGGGAAGUACACCUACUUCAUUCGAUCCUUCCUGGAGUCAGCUGAAGAGUUCUUUAUGCGUGGGUACCAAGUACACUAUUACCUCUUCACCCAUGAUCCUGCAGCUGUUCCCAGAGUCCCACUGGGCCCCGGUCGGCUCCUCAGCAUCAUCCCCAUCCAGGGUCACUCCCAGUGGGAGGAGAUCUCCAUGCGCCGAAUGGAGACCAUCAGCAAACACAUCGCCGAGAGAGCCCACCAAGAGGUGGAUUACCUCUUCUGUCUUGAUGUGGAUAUGGUCUUCCAUAACCAAUGGGGCCCUGAGACCUUGGGAGAUCUAGUGGCUGCCAUUCACCCAGGCUAUUUUGCUGUACCUCGCCAGCAAUUCCCUUAUGAGCGCAGGCAAGCGUCCUCUGCCUUUGUGGCAGACAGUGAAGGGGACUUCUAUUAUGGUGGGGCAGUCUUUGGGGGGCGAGUGGCCAGGGUGUAUGAGUUUACCAGGGGCUGCCACAUGGCCAUUCUGGCGGACAAAGCCAACGGCAUCAUGGCGGCCUGGCAGGAGGAGAGCCACCUGAACCGCCGCUUCAUCUGGCACAAACCAUCUACGGUGCUGUCCCCAGAGUACCUCUGGGAUGACAGGAAGCCUCAGCCCCCAACUCUCAAGAUGAUCCGAUUCUCCACAGUGGACAAGAAUACCAACUGGCUGAGGAGCUGACAGCGGAGCUUAAGACCCACCCACAGCCCUGUCAAAUCCCACCCACCCCAUGCCAAGCACAGUCUACCAGGGGAGUCUAACCAGAAAAAAAGGAGUAGAGACGGUGUAACCUAUGAGGGGCUGUGUACCCAUUGUCAUAUAGUGAUCUAGCUAUAUGUUUGGACAAGAGGGAGGCCAGAGCUUCAAAAACCACAAGGCCUGGCAGGUCACCCACCCCCAAGGCAGGCCCUGGAGUCCAGCCCUGCUCAAAGUGCCUGGAGGCCCGCUGCUGCCCUAACUUGUUAAAUGCUGCUUUUUAGAUUUGUUUUAAUCUGCAGUGUUAGGGAUCAAACCUGGGGCCCUGCACAUUGAAGGGAAGUUCUGCCCCUGAGCUAUGCUCAGCCCUGCCUACUGCCUUGAAGCUGCACUUUAAUGACCUUAUCCCAAGUACCAUGCUGUUCCCCCAGCCAUGUGCACUAGUUAGUUCUUCAUUCAGGGUUCCGGAGCUAGCUUGGAAGAUGGCCAGGCUUAGAUUCCCUCUGGUCACCUGCAUCCCAUGGCAAGCCACACUCUCAGGGACUAGAUCAUUGCUUGUUACACAGUUUGAGGUAGCUUUCAAUAAACGGUGGUGUAUACUAUA